CAACAUAUAUAAUAUAUACUUAAACCUGAUUGGUUCUCUGAUAGUCGUCAUCUUCAACCUCUUUAUGACAUCCCAAAUUCAGGCUAUAAAAAAAAAACACUGCUCUUUCUCCGCCGCCGCGCCGUCAUAUUUAUUCCCGUCGGCAUAUGCAACCGGUAAAAAAGAUGGGAAAACGAGGAGCUAAGAAGCUUACAAACACUCAAGGAGGACCUAAUCUUAGAUAUGUAUUAAGACAUGAGCACUUGAAGAAUCUCGCUCUCUGGUCUUUCGCCGGAGAUACUCCGAUACCGUCUCUUGCUUCCUUGUUCGGUCGACGUCUCGCUGCCAACAUUGAAACCACCGGAAUCGCUCCUAAUCCUGAUCUCGUCUCUUGUCAAAGGUGUGAGACCAAUCUUAAGCCUGGCUUCAGUUGCAAUGUCAGAGUCGAGAAGGUUUCCGUUAAGCAGAAGAAACACACCAAGUCUAACCUCUGUUUGACUCAGAACAAUGUAGUUUACCAUUGCAAUUUCUGUUAUCACCGGAACCUUAAGAGAGGUACUGCAAAAGGUCAUACACGUCCCAAGAUCAAUAAAGAGAUGACGACGAUGCCUCAGGAAAUCCAAAGUAACAUGCUUUCUUCACCUGUGAGAAGUGAGAAAGAUCAGGUGGAGGAGAAUGGUGUUGUCAAUACACCGAAGCCAAUGAUGCUUACUUUGGAUAGGGAUAAGAGAAUACGAAAAUCCAAGAGUAAGAAACCGGUUGAGCCUGAAAGUGUUGCGGAGAAAACAGUUGGUGAAUCAAGUAAGAGGAAGAGAAUACGAUUGACAAACAAGAGUUCUAGAACAAACUUAAAGAUACCUUUUCUCUUUUGAUUUGUUAUAUUUGGAACAUUAGAGUAAAUAUUAUCCCUUGACGAGUUUUGGUC